CGUGUGUGUGUUUGUGUGUGUGUGUACUCACCUAUUUGUGGUUGCAGGGGUCGAGACUCAGCUCCUGGCCCCACCUCUUCACUGACCGCUACUAGGUCCUCUCUCUCCUUGCUCCAUAAGCUUUAUCGUACCUCUUCUUAAAGCUAUGUAUGGCUCCUGCCUCCACUACAUCACUUCCCAAAUUAUUCCACUUCCUGACAACUCUGUUACUGAAGAAAUACUUCCUAACAUCCCUGUGAUUCGUCUGUGUCUUCAACGUCCAACUGUGUCACCUUGUUGCUGUGUCUCUGGAACAUUCUGUCUCUGUCCACCUUGUCGAUUCCUCUCAGUAUUUUAUAUAAGAACAUAAGAGAGAAGGAACACUGCAGCAGACCUACUGGCCCAUGCGAGUCAGGUCCAAUUCUCCUACCGGCUUAAGUCAACGCUCUAACCUAAUCAGACCAUGAGGCAGACAUGAGUGGUGACACUAUGCACGAACCACAGGCAUUCCGCCAGAAACUGGUGGAUGAAGCUGCCAAGUUUCUACUGAAUCCCAAAGUUAUGAAUCAUGCAGAUGAGCAGAAAACUGCUUUUCUGCACAAGAAAGGCUUAACAGAUGCUGAGAUCCAAGCAGCAUUCUCUAAGGCCAAGACAAUUGCACCUGCGGAUGUGGCAACAAGCAAUGUGAUGUCCCAUCCUGGCUCAUACCCGGGGAUCCCUGUUUCUCCCUAUAUGGUUCCACCGCCUCCAUCUAUGUGGAUAAGGCUGAGAGAUGUUUGUAACUUUGUCCUCAUAUUAAUGGGAACUUCAUAUGGUGUAUACCAUUUAUAUCAGAAAUACUUGGGUCCUUGGUUGACAGGACGACGUCAGAAGACAGUCGAAGAGAGCAUGAUAGAACUUCAACAUUCGGUAGUAACUGUGUUGAAAGAGGUCCAGACUACUUUGACCUCUUUGGAACAGACACUUAGGGCCCAGAAUGUUCGCAUCCAGACCCUUAGUCUUAGAGAAGAAAGCCAAGUUAAUGUGACACCCAAGCAGCUAGACCAACUUAAGGGAGAGAUUGCCUCCCUCAAGGGUCUUCUCAUCAAUCGGCGGACAUUUCCAUCCACCCCAGGCAUGGCACCAUCCAUCCCCUCCUGGCAGCGGAGUAAGGCAGUGGAAAAACCUGUGGAAACCUCUCCUGGCACGGCUGUCUCUUUGUCGAAUCAGGUUGAAGAAGUGAUAGCUGAAGGAGCUGUUCCAAGAGAGGGUCAAGAAGAGCUGAUUGAAGCAACCAGUGAUGCAGCAACUAAUUCAUCAGAGGAAGCUUACAUAGGAAAAUGUGUAUUAAAAAGUGAAUGUGAAGCUGCUGCCCUUGAAGAGAAUGGACAUGAUAAAGAUGAACUUAGUGGAGGUUAUAGUGGCUCCUUACCCGACUCCUCUGAUGAGAUGUCCCAGUGAGCCAUCCAUACCAAGAGUACAGCAUCGAGUCUAGUUUCUCCAAGACAUGACAGCAGACUGUCUGAAUGUUUUCCAUAUUAUAUAUCUAUCACACAUAGUUUGGGUAUUUUGCGCAGUAUUAGUACAAACGUUUCAUUGUCAUAAGAGUAUGGUAGCAUUGUGCCAUAUUAAUCAUAAAAGUAACCACUAUUGUAAAUUUUAACAGUUGCACUCAUUUUAAUAUAUGAAUAGAUUAUGGAAUGUAAAAUUGGUGUAUGUGUAUAUAUAAACUUAGCGAGACUACUCCAGUUAGAAACAAACAUAUACAGUGGAACCUUGGUAGUUGAACUUAACCCUUUCAGGGUCCGUGCCGUAGAUCUACGCCAUGAGCUCGGCUCACUCUGAUAAGCUGUGAGCGGUAAAUUUGGGCCUGGAUAUGAGAGAAUACAUCUAUGUGGUAUGUGUGCACCACAAAAACAAUCCUGCAGCACACAGUGCAUAACGAGAGAAAACCGAGACCGUAAUUUUUUAUUAAAACAGCAACUUUGCAGUGUUUUUUCGUAUGUUCUUUACAGUUAUAUUUGUGAUUUCUUGGUCUCAUUUGAUAGAAUGUUAGAUAUAUUACAGAAAUAAGAGAUGAUUUUGAUUGGCUUUAGUACUGAAAGUGGCUUGAAACCGAGCUCAAAUUAGCAGAAAUGUUAAGGGAGGGGCGAGCAGAAUCAUUUUUUUUUUUUUGAUCAGAUUUCAAUAGGAUUUUGACAGUGGAUUAAGCAGCUCAAAAAAACAGGCUGUGUUUGUUUUGACUGUUAGCCUUCAAGUUAGAUAGUUUUUUUUUUGCACAAUUUUAUGGGUCCUAGGCCUUCCAAUUUCUACUAAAUUGGGAAGAUGUACAAUGCUCUAGUUGACAUCAGAUGAAUAGGUUAAUAAUGACCCAGUGCAUUUUAGCGAUAAUGUCAGUAGAUUCCAUAAAAAAAAAAAAUCAUUAACAAAAAGCUGUUCACAAUAUGGCAAAUCAUCUCUGGGUGUUUGUAGAACCAUCAUUCCUCAAUAACGUCUGCAAAAAUCAAGACAAUCCAAUGAAUAUUUAUCAAAAAAAAUGGAUUAGAAUGUCAACUUAUUACCGAGUUUAUUUAUUUUUGUGUGGAACUCUAGGGAAGUUGCGUGCCAACUUUCAGCGUGCUACACCCCUCCUACCUUCUCUACUGACUGACUUACUGUCUGCUCUCCUCACACUAGCCAGCACACAAGUUGCCAUGUAGAGUAUUUACAAUUAAUUAAUCAUAAAAAUCGUAAUUUGGGGAAGAAAAAAAAAACUAAUUGCCAACGUGUAUUUUUGCUGACAGAAAAAAAAAAAUACAUUUAAUGAAAAACAUGGUUAGAAACAAGCUGAUUACAUCAAACUGUUGCCAGAGUUUUGCACUAUUUUUCAGUAAGAACUUUUUUUCCAUAAUUUUUCAAUUUUAAUGCCUUGAUCACUGAAAAAAGGCUCGCCCCUCCCUUAAAUUUUUGCCGAUGUUCAAGAAUAAACAAAUGACCUCACACGUCUAAUACACGCCAGCUGGUGGGUCUAAUAUACGUUCACAAAUGUGCUGAUAUUAUUUAUACAAUUGUUGCAAUAUUGCAUGACAAUCUUCUAUUUUUUGGCUUGAAUAAAAAUUCAUUAUGUGAAUUAAAAAUCAAAAUUGAAUUCAUUUGUAAAGCCUGAAAACGUAACUAAUGAACAGAGGAAAUGUUAGUUUAGUGUCAGGAAUGCCUGCAUUAUUUAUUCUGGACCCUAUUUUGAAAUUGGAAUAUUUUGAACUUUGCACUAAAUUGGCCAAAUUACCAAUUUCCAAUCACUAUUUUGUAAUUGAAACAGUUGGCAAUUUCUUGUGCUCAAUCGAUAGAAUAGAAGUAAUACUAGUGAAAUAGCAAAGAAUUUGGUCGGCUGGAAUAAGGUAAUUGGUCUAAAAUGGGAGUCAAAGUCGGCAAAAUCGCCGCUGCCAAAGUAUCGCUGACAUCAAAAUUCACGAGAGCAUAAUUUCAUCAAUUUUUCAUCAAAUUUCGUACUUUGUUUUAUUACCUUCAAAAAAAAAAAUAUUCUCUACCAUUUCAUAAGAAAAAAUAAAAUUAUUUUUUUGAAAAUUCUUGGACACUGAUGUGCACUUUGAAAUUUGGCCUCUGGACCCUGAAAGGGUUAGUGUUCCAGAAGGCUGUUCGAGUACCGAAUGAAUUUUUUUCAGUCAAUUGUCUUUUUGGUUGGCUGUUAUACAAAUACUAUAAUACAAAGAUUAGCGAUAAGUCACCCCAGGGCCUACAAACGCCAAAAAAUGCGAAGAAACACGAAAGUUUACAGCAAAGUUCUGGCAGGUCGUGUGCUGAGCAAACAGUCAACUGCCAAGCGAUUUUUUUUUUUUUACCAAACAAAGCAUUUGGAUACCGAAUUGAGUAGGGAGCUGUUCGAGUACAAAGGUUCCACUGUACAGACAAAGACUACUAAUAAUGAAUAGAAUUAACAGGUUAUGCAGUUAGAAUGGUCACAAUCCCAUUUUUAAGGUAGAAUUUAAAAGAUUAUUUUGAGUGUUAACAGAAAUUUAUAGUAAUCCCUUUCACCAGUACUUUUACUAUUAUAGCUCUACCUAUGAGGAAUGUUAAAAAGAUAGCUCGAGUGACAAGAUGUCAGACCUCUUUGUGGCUAUUUGUAAACUUGAACCAGACCACAAGUUAAUUUCAGCACCAGAUACUGGAAUGAUCAUAUACUUAUGUGGAUGAAUUUUUCUUGCAAAUAUAUUUGGCAUAUGAAAAUACAAUGCCAAAAUAUAAGCAUAAAUCAUAACCAAGCACUGAACCCAUAAGGGCCAUACAGCACUGCAGGGUAACGUGUGCUACAGGUGUAAUAUGCUUAUCAGAGACCAGCAAGUGUCGAGUAUAACAGAGGUAGAGUUAGUAAGGGUGGUGAAGAAUGCUAGAGGAAGUAUAAUCAAAGUUUGUAUAAAAUCUGCUGACAAAAAUAUAACCAGUAGUGGUGAUAAUGGUGGUGUCGAUAGUGGUAAUAAUGGUGGUGUCAGAGGUGGAGCCCCAAGUAUACAAGCUUAAAUUUAAAGACUUUUUGAUUAUAAUAAUAAUAUUUUAAUUAUUUCAUGUGCUUAGCUGUGCCAGAAACUAUGAAUACCACAAGCCAACCACAGUAGCUGCUUUAGGUGCGGCUUCCCCCCCCCCCCCCCCAAGAUUAUGCUUCCAUGAAAUAUUUCACACUAUAGAUUUCUAAACUUUAAAUGGGUUCUGUGGUUACGAGGCAUUGGCUGGCACUGUAUGACCCUUGUAGGUUUAGCACUAUUUGAUUACUGUAAUAAUGAGGCAUUGGCUGGUGAGGCAGCUGCACAGGACAGCAACAGUGAAGCGAGACAUUAUAAAGCUUGCUUUUUUGUUCAACCCAGAGUGAAUUAUCCAAAUAAAAGUAUUCAGUAA